AUGUCAAUUAGUAUCAAUAGUCAUGGCAAUGUUUUAGUUGGCAUGCCAUUCAUCAAUCGAGUUUUCUUACUUUCAGUAAACAUUAGUGAUCCAAGAAAAUUAACUUAUGUCAGCAGAAAUACGGGUGGUCGAUCGUUGGGAAAUGGAAAAAGUGUAGCUUGGCUUGAUGAUGGAAACAUGGCUGCAAUACUUGUAAACACUUAUUCAUUAACGUAUCAGUGGUCAUCAUCUCAGAUCUUUUUCUAUGAUAUGGUAUCAAAUACUUAUAAUUCUAACAGUACUCCACUAUCACUUUUCCCUAAUUAUCAUCAAUUAGUACCGGAUAGUUUUAAUUCCGUAUUUUUAAAUAUCAUUUCAUCACCAACAUCACUAACUUUAAUGGAUAAAAGUGGUGAUUUGCUAAUAUUCAAUCCUACACCACCAGGCUUCUUUCCAUCAAUAACAGAUACAGGAUCAAUGCCCUUGAUUACAUCCGAAGAAGUAUGUCUACCUGGUAUUGAUAUUUUUUACCGCCAAUAUCCAUUUGAAACAUCGUCUGGUUCCUAUUUUGAUUGUGAAGAAUCAAUUCGUAAUGCAAAAUUCGAAAUAGGUCUUCAAUCAAUGGCCAUACCACGUACACAUGCCGAAGAACGUAUAUUCGAUUUGUUAUAUGAACAAAAUUUGAUGCUUCAUGUUGAUUUCAUCAAUAUAUUAGCGGUGUGUGACAGCAUAUCACUCACCGGUCUAUUUGGCACGACUUGGUCGACGAUUCGUUGA